AUGGACACUGGUUGGGACGAGUUGGAGCGCAUGGCGCAUGCAGCAUCAGCCUCUGACGCGCAGAUUGCUUCCCAAUACCCUACACCGGAAACUAUCAAGCGCUGGAUGCGACUCUUUGGAUAUUCCCGUAUCGAAGCUGUCCGUCUCAUCAGUGAUCAACGCGGAGAUGUCACCCGGGAGCGAAUUACCGACGAUCAUUGGGAACUUGUCCGGACCGAAAAAGAAGCUAUAGGCUACGAUCGCGAGGCUUAUGAGCACAAUCUUUCCCUCCUCACAGUCUUCAAGAGUCAGAGCGCCUUCAUACCAGCCUCUGGGGCUGAUGGGGAAAUGAUGCUUCUUUUCAGGUUGGGUGGGCUGUUGAACACUGCAGAGAAAGUGAAAGAGGUUGCCAGCCUGGACCGUGUACCCGUCGAGCAAGAGGGAAUGAGUGAGAUGGGUCCCGUCAAGUUUUGUCUGGUGGACAAAGACGCACAGAAAAAACUGGAGGAAUGGCUCACGCAGCAGUCCGUCCUCCAGCGAUAG